AUGGAGCUUGUAGAUCUUCCACUUAUGGAGGAGGAAGUGAAGAGGAUGAUUUUGGAGUAUGAGGGAGAAAAAGUCCAGAGCUUGAUGGAUUUCAUUUUGUGUUCCUUAAGAGGUUGCCUUUAUAAGAUUGUUUUCAAGCUUUUGACAAAUAGGUUGAAAGAGGUUAUGAAUUCAAUAAUUUCGGAACAACAGUCAGCCUUUAUUUCAGGAAGGAACAUGUUAGAUAGUGUGCUUGUGGCUAAUGAGGUAUUUGAGUAUGUGCGAAGGCAUAACAAGAGAUGUUUUGUGUUAAAGUUUGAUUAUGAGAAAGCUUAUGAUCUAGUGGAGUGGGGAUAUAUUUUGUUUAUGUUAUGUAGCUUUGGAUUUUCAGAAAAAUGGGUUCAUAUUGGGCGGGGCCUAAAACAGGGGAUCUUCUUGCCCUUUUUUUUUCUUGCGGCAGCAGAGGGGUUAGGAGUUCUUAUACGGAAGGCAGUAGCUUAUGAGUUAUUCUUUGGUGUGAAGAUUGUGGUUGGGGUACCGGAUAUUUUUUUGCUGCAAUUUGCAGAUGACAUAUUGAUUAUGGGAGAUGCUUCAAUUUAG